AUGAACCAGGCGUCUACUCAGCCGCCAAAAACAUCGUCAUCAUGGAAGAUCUUGGAUAUUCUCAAGAUCUCGUCGUCGCCAAAACAGCAGGUCAGUCCGUCCAACACAGCCUUGGAUCUUAAGGCCCAGGCUGACAAGUCCAAGAACGUCUGUAAAUGCUCCUGCUGUGGAUCGGUGCUUACUUUCCCCGAGGACGCUCAAAAGUUCAGCUGUCCUCAUUGCCAUACAACCAACCUUUUGCAUCUCGAUUUGACAGUCGAGCCUCCAGUGCAUCUUGUCUCUUUGAAGUACGUCAAGAUGCUCGUUGAUCAGGCAUUGGAGAGACCCAUUGAGAACAGCAGAGACCUCCACGAUCGCUUGAAGCCUGUGCUGGACUACCUUCUUCAGGCUUUCGGGUCCAUGGCAUGCAUUAAUCAGUCUUUCAGGCUCAAGAAGCAGAGAAGACCGCACUACUCUACAGCCAAUUUGAACUACGAGGAGAUCAGGCAGGUCUUUGAGCUCCUUGCAUCGCUUCCUUCCAGAAGACCUUUGUAUUAUGCGCUUUCAGGAGCCUGCAGUUGCCUCAAAAGGCUUCCACUCCACUUGAGCGACGAUCCUCGCCAUCUUCUGUGGGUGAUGGUGCUUUUCGAAAUCCCUUUCUUGUCCAAGGCUCUCACCAACAACGAUAAGAGGUGCCAACACCGCAUAGGAUCUAUGGUGGAGGUUCCAGAGAUUCAGGCGCUCUGCUACGAGAUCCUCAAGCGUGUGCUAGGCAUUAUUGCCCAGGCAGAAACAACAUUGGCUGGAAACUACGUGGCUUCGUGGUUUCUGAAGCGCUCUCACGACAAAUUCCUUGCCAAGGUGGAGCUCAUAAACUUGUACAUUACUUUCCACUUGAAGAAGUACUUUUAUUUCGCCAACAAUCCCCAAUUGGCUCGAAGAAGCAGCCUGAGUGGCCAUCACAGAAGCGUCCUGGGCGGCAUCCCAGAAACAGAUCAUAGAAGAAAGAACCUGGGACUGCCUGAUGCUCCAGUAUCUCCCACUGAUAAUACCCAUCUUGUCAAACCAACACCCAAAGUUUCCAGAAGCAGGAGCGUACCCCAGGCACACGACGAGGAGUUCUUCCAGUACUCUUAUCUUAAGGACGAAGUAGAGGGUAUGGACUCUUUGUUCCCACCGGUGAACCCUCAAUUGAUGGCAAAUCCUUCGAGUCCAAGGAGCAAGGGCUCGAAAAAGAAGAAGUCGGAUAUGAAGGUUCGGGUACAUCAGUAUUCGCUGAACUAUCAUUUGCGGACGGCUUCAGGUGCAUUGAGUAUUCUCAUGAAGGCCAACUACAUCAGGUACGGCGAGAACAAGGUACCAGUGCACACCUUCUACAACUCCUUGGUGGACUAUGUGAACAUUAAAUUGGACUUUGAUGCCUGGCUGAGCAAGAGAAAGCUGAGUAGCAGUGAAAACAAUGCAGAGCCGGCUCUUCAAACUGUCAUUGACUACAUUCACGGCACCAACCAUGCUCCUUUCAGCGAGACAGCAGGCACCACAUUCUACUUCUGCCAGUAUCCUUUCCUCAUUUCUCUAGGUGGAAAGAUCGCCAUCCUUGAGUACGAGGCCAGAAGACAGAUGGAGAGGAAGGCUGAAGAGGCAUUCAUCAACUCUCUUGACCGCCGUAUCACUUUGGACGUCUACUUUAGAGUAAAAGUCCGUCGUGAGCGCAUCGUCCAGGACUCUCUUCGCUGCAUCCAGCUUAAUCCGAAUAACUUGAAGAAGAGUUUGCGUGUUCAGUUCAUCAAUGAGCCCGGCGUGGAUGCUGGUGGACUUAAGAAGGAGUGGUUCUUGCUUCUCACAAGAGCACUUUUCAGCCCCAAUGCUGGUAUGUUGAGCUACGUCGAAGACUCCAACCUUCUUUGGUUCAAUGUGGUGCCAGUGGACAAUUUUGAGAUGUACUACCUUUUUGGUGCUAUCCUUGGCCUUGCCAUUUACAACUCAACUAUCCUCGACUUGAAGUUUCCAAUCGCCAUGUACAAGAUCCUUUUGGGUUUGCCCAUAGGUUUGGCAGACUACCAGGAGAUUUUCCCUAUGUCUGCUCGAAACUUGUUCAGAUUGAGAGAGUACAGUGCCGAGGAGAUUGAAGCGCUCGACUUGACUUUCGAGGUGUGCUAUUCCGAUCUCUUCGGCAACAAAUUCACCAAGGAGCUCAUUCCUGGUGGCUCCAAUGUCAAUGUCGAUAAGGACAAUCGUGAGCUAUACAUCGACAAGUACGCACGUUUCUUCCUCUGGGAUGGAAUGAACAAGCAGCUCUGUGCUUUCAAGGGCGGCUUUUCCAACGUGGUGGACGGCAACGCCUUUUCGUUGUUUCUGCCCGAGGAAAUCCAGCUUCUUUUGUGCGGAAGCGACGAGAGCAAGUUCGAUGUCGAUGUGCUUCAAUCAGUUACAAACUACAGCGGCUGGCCCAGCAAGCAGGAAGCAGUUGAUUCCGCCACGGUCAAGUGGUUUUGGGAGUACGUCAGCGAGCUCACAUACAAGCAACAAAAGAAGUUGCUUCUUUUCAUCACGGGCUCAGAUCGAGUACCAGCCACGGGAAUUCAGAACCUCACGCUCAAGAUCAGUCGUCUCCGGACACCCGGAGGAGACAGCGAAAGGCUCCCCGUGGCACACACAUGUUUUAACGAAUUAGCAUUAUAUGACUACAACAGCAAGAGCAAAUUGGCCGAUAAGCUCGGAAAGGCGGUGAACAUGUCAGCAGGGUUUGGCAUUAAAUAG